AUGAAAUCUUGCCUAGCUUCUGCUAGUGUAUCAAUUCCUGUGAAUGGGUCUUCAUCUGAGGAAGUGAUUCCACAAAAAAGUUUAAACAUGCUUCUGGUAAGAGCAAAAGAGUUAGGUCUGAUAAGAGGGGCUAGUAUUGGGGCUGGUGGUGUGAAUGUAUCGCAUUUACAAUUCGCUUAUGACAUAAUUUUAUUUUGCAAAGCAGAUUGGGUGGAGGUCACAAAUGUUAAGAGAGUAUUGAGGUGUUUUGAAGUUGUGUCUGGAUUAAAAAUUAAUUACCAUAAGAGUGAUGUCAGUGGAGUGGGUAUUGAUGAGGCAAUAGUUGAUGAGUUUGCCUCUAGAUUAAAUUGCACAAUUCAUAAACUUCCUUUCAAAUACUUGGGCUUACCAUUAGGGGCUAAUCCUAGAAGAAAUCAAUCUUGGAAACCUGUAGUGGAUAUGUUCAGGUCUAAAUUAGCCGGUUAG